AUGUAUACCUCCUUUCCGGUAAACUCGCGUCAGCAAAGUCGCUCACCACCCCCUAGUGGUUCCACGUCUGCUCGGGCUUGUCAGUCGUGUCGGACGGCAAAGAUCCGAUGUAGCCGCGAGCUUCCGUCGUGCCAAUCCUGUGUUGUGCGUGGUAAAGAACGAGUGGGCACCAAAGCUUGGUUUGUGAGCCGUGCCGAAACGCCAAAACGCGAUGCAGUGGGGAAUUACCUUCAUGCAAAGGGUGUCUUGGAGGGAGGGCUCCAAAGACUUGCACUUACAAGACCAGCCGCCAAGGCUCGCAAACUCUGUCGCCUUGAAAAGGGCAGGCCAGUGCCUCGGGACCCUCCGAUAAAUUGGGGUCGGUGGACACUCAAAGCCCUGGAGAAACAGUCCCGUUCACAGCUUUGA